AAAUUGCUCUCUAUCACUAGCUCUGUGAGUCGCACGUGACAGUGUGUGGAAGCAUCCGGGACGUGCUGCUUCACAAUGAGAAACGAGAGCAGGUUCAUUUGGUGGAUCCUGCGGAUUGUGGUCGUGACAGCGUUGUUCUUCCUGGGCUUCGUCAUAGGCUGGUUUGCAAAGCCCACACAUCCACACACUGCAGACAGCAGUGUGUCCGGCAGGUAUCUGAGGGAGUUCCUGGAUGAAAUGCAGCCAGACCAGAUCAGAGAGCACCUCAGGAAGUUCACCCGACUCCCCCACCUGGCCGGUACAGAGCAGAACCUGAAAUAUGCCGAGCAGAUCAAGAACGAGUGGCAGGAGUUUGGCCUGGACUCGGUGGAGAUGGUGCCCUACGACGUCCUGCUUUCCUAUCCCAACAAGUCACGGCCGAAUUACAUCUCCAUAGUCGAUCAGCUUGGCAAUGAGGUAUUCAACACGUCCUUGGCAGAGCCGGUUCCAGAGGGUUAUGAAGAUGUUGCUGACAUUGUGCCUCCAUACAGCGCCUUCUCAGCCAAGGGACAACCUGAGGGGGAUUUGGUUUAUGUGAACUAUGGCCGUACUGAAGAUUUCUUCCAGCUGCAGCGGGAGAUGGGCAUCAAUCCAACUGGGAAGAUUGUCAUUGUCAGAUAUGGGAAAAUAUUCAGAGGCAAUAAGGUGAAAAACGCUGUGUUAGCCGGAGCCAAGGGGAUCAUCAUGUUCUCAGACCCGGCAGAUUACUGGGCUGCUGGAGUCCAGCCCUACCCUGAUGGCUGGAACCUGCCGGGUGGAGGAGCUCAAAGAGGAAAUGUUCUCAACCUGAACGGAGCGGGAGACCCGCUCACACCCGGAUACCCCGCAAAAGAAUACACGUACAGAUUCAGCCCGGAGGAUGGAGUGGGACUUCCCAGGAUCCCUGUGCAUCCAAUUGGCUUCCACGAUGCAGUUCACCUGCUGAAGAACAUGGGAGGACAUAUUCCGCCCAACAACUGGAAAGGAGCUCUGAAUGUCUCCUACAAGAUUGGGCCAGGCUUUGCCAAUGAUUUCCAGAGUCAGAAGGUGCGUAUGAACAUCCACACUAACAACCAGGUCACCAGGAUCUACAACGUCAUUGGCAGGAUCAGAGGAGCUCUGGAGCCAGACAGGUAUGUGAUUCUGGGAGGGCACCGGGAUGCCUGGGUGUUUGGAGGGAUCGAUCCCAUGUCUGGGGCUGCAGUGGUUCAUGAAACUGUCAGGAGUGCUGGCAAGCUUCUCAAUAAAGGCUGGAGACCCAGGAGGACGAUCAUAUUUGCCAGCUGGGAUGCAGAGGAGUUUGGAUUGCUGGGAUCUACAGAAUGGGCAGAGGACAACGCCAAGCUGCUGCAGGAGCGAGCUGUGGCCUACAUCAACGCAGACUCUGCCAUAGAGGGCAUGUACACACUGAGGGUUGACUGCACUCCGUCUCUCAACACUUUGGUGUAUGACCUCACCAAGCAAAUAACCAGUCCGGAGGAAGGAGAGGAGGGCGUUUCUCUCUACGACAGUUGGCAUAAGCGGGACAACUGGACGAAUGACCGUGAUGCACCCAGAAUCAGUAAACUCGGUUCAGGCAGUGAUUUUGAGGCCUAUUUCAUCCGUCUGGGAAUCGCUGCAGGUCGAGCCAGAUACACCAAGAACAGGAAAACAGAGCGCUACAGCAGUUAUCCAGUCUACCACAGUGUGUACGAAACCUUUGAGAUUGUGGAGCAGUUUUACGACCCCUCCUUCAGAAGGCUUCGGGCCGUGACUCAGGUGAGGGGCGGACUCGUCUUCCUACUGGCAGAUUCCCAGCUGCUCCCUCUCAGUGCCGACCAGUACGCAGACUCGCUGAGGAAGUACGCACGGAGCAUCGCACAGCUGGCGCAGAGGCACCCAGAGGAGAUGGAGACGUUUCAGGUGUCUUUCGAUUUCCUUUUUUCCGCAGUGGAAAACUUCACCGUCGCAGCCAGGGGGUUCCAUGAGCGCCAGCAGACCCUCAACAGAGCAGAUCCUCUGCAGGUACGCAUCAUGAAUGAUCAACUCAUGUAUCUGGAGAGAGCAUUUAUAGACCCCCUGGGCUUACCUGGUAGACCCUUCUACAGACAUGUGAUUUUUGCUCCCAGCAGCCAUAAUAAGUAUGCAGGCGAGUCUUUCCCUGGGAUCUACGAUGCAUUGUUUGACAUAGAGAACUCAGCUGACCCAGAGAAGGCCUGGGAGGAAGUCAAGCGUCAAAUCAGCAUCGCAGCUUUCACCGUUCAUGCAGCCGCGAUGACCCUCACACCACCUGCGUGAAGCACGCACAGUUCAGAGCCUUGUGAUUGAACCGUCUACUUUAGAACAAACACGUCUAGAGAGAGAAUAUACUACCUGUCACAGACACACACUCACACAAUGACAAACCCACUCACACAAACACACUCUCACACACACACACACACACUGAGCUAGCGAUGGACAAUCCACUCUCAUGUUUGCGGGACAUCCAGAGCUCAGCAAUACAGAGAAUCUCUGAGCACCAUCACCACAACAAAACAUACAAAACUGUUUUUUUUUAUUGGUUUGGUAAAAAAUUACUUUCCACUUUAGUCUCUCAGUGUAAUUGCACUAUUAUGUCUACCGAUUGUUGGAUUAACUCUACUUUAUUUCACCAUCUAACUUUAAUCACAUAAAAAACAUUUUUUCAGA